AGCAGAGUGCAUCAAUGGCAUCAUCUUCACUGGCAUCAACUCCAAUCUCUUCUUCGUUUCUGCUUAAAGUGCCGAAUUGCCCCAAAAGUUUGUUAUCUUCUUCAAUUUUAAGCUUUUCUCACUGCCUCAUACCUCUUUUUACUAGAUCAAGACCAACCUCUUACCAAAAGAGAAUAAAUUCUGGAUUUUCCAUCCAAGCCCAAACCCUCGACUUCUCUGGCUCCUUCUUCGAAGGUGGAUUCGGUUCGGAUGAAGACCCUACUUCUCCCGGAAGGGGUUUCACUUCUGUGGAGGAGAAGGAGGAACCACAAUGCCCACCCGGACUCAGACAGUACGAGACAAUGGCUGUCUUGAGGCCUGACAUGUCCGAGGAUGAGCGACUUGCACUUACUCAGAAGUACGAGGAGCUGCUUGUUGCUGGAGGUGGCAUGUAUGUAGAGGUUUUCAACAGGGGAGUUAUUCCACUUGCAUAUAGCAUCAAGAAAAAAAAUAAGGCCGGAGAAACCAACACUUACUUGGAUGGCAUCUACCUCCUAUUUACCUACUUCACCAAGCCAGAGUCCAUACAAGUUCUUGAGGACACACUAAAAACUGAUGAUGAUGUGAUUAGAUCAAUGAGCUUUCAAGUUAGGAAAAGGAGAUAUUAGUUUGUUAUGAGUACUGAGAUUGGUGAAAAAGAAAGAUGUUUAGGACAGGGAAAAUUGUAUUUUCGUUGUAAUAUCAUUUAUUCACCUGAUAUUGUUUUUCAUUUGGAUUCAAGUAUUUAUGUAUCAUGAUUAAGUUAAUUAAAAGAGGCUUGCAGUA